GCUAAGGCUGGGACAGAGCUAGGAUAGGAUGGGCUGGGGGCUGGUGCCGGGCUUGGCUGUGUACUGGGCUGUGCAGAACUAGGGGUAGGAUCUGACUGUGUUUAUAUAGCCCAGGCAAACCCGCUCUCUGGCCCAUUCCCUCUAAGCCAGAGAAUACAACCCUACCAGGACCGCUGGCAAGGGAUUGUUUAGCAUUUAACAAGAGAGAGAGAGAGAAAGAGAGAGCGAGACAGAGAGAAAGAGAGAGAAAACAGAGAGUGAUAUAGUCAGAAAGAGAACAUACACAUAUAGAGGAAGCCAGAGAGAUAGAGUGGUCAACAGGGACACAUAGGAGGAAAGAUAGAGAUUGAAAGAAAGAGUCAAAGAAAUAGGUCUGAGAUUUUAAACACACAAUCCCAUUUACCUCUCUCUCAACAUACUCACACACAUUGUGAGACAGAGAGAAAGCAGACAAAACUCACCACACAAAGUCUCUGACAGAUAGAUAGACCUCAACACAGACAGACUCUCUGAGACAGACGGACGGCAAGCAGCAUGUUUCUGUGGCGGCUCCCCCAGGCAGCGUGUCUGGUAUUGGUGUGUGUGUCGCUGACUCUUGGGUACGAAGACGAUAUAGAGGUGAACUAUGGUGACAGCUACUACAACGAGAUCACAGAGGGAGAGCCACUGGAGCCCACAGCUACCCCAGCCCCAGGACCCUGUAAGGCUACAGACAUGACUAAAUGGGACAAGCUCUUCUCCAUGCUGGAGAACUCUCAGAUGAGGGAGAACAUGCUUCUGCAGUUCUCCGAUGACAUCAUCAAGGUGGAAUUGGGGUCGCUGCGUGGAGAGAUGCUAAGGUUCGUGGCUCAGUACGGAGGGGCCUGUGGCGUUGCGGUGGAGACCGCUGGGCGGAGGAUGUCCAUGCAGAUGGAGGCUCGCCUCAGGGAGAGCAUGGAGCAUCUCAGACAGGAUCGAAGCACUGAUGCUGGGAAUUCAGCUGGGAAUAGCCAUCAGGAAAAGCUGUUACAGCAGCUUCUAACUGCAAUGAGGACACAGGCUAUCCAACUUAUCAAGCUGGAAAACAUCUGCCUGAGUAAUCCAGAGGCUAAGGGGGAAAACUUGCAGCAGGAAGUGGCAUCAGCAGAGAUGCUGGUUGCCGUGGUGACAGAGCUGGCGAAGACGAGGGCAGUGCUAGAGCUCGCGCUCAAGUCGGCACAGCAACGACACCUGCCUGCAGGCUGUGAGACCGCUCUUCUCUUCCCUAUGCGUUCCCCUCGUAUCUUCUCGUCAGUGACACCAGACCUCCCUCUCUCCCUCUCUUCCUUCACCGUGUGCCUGUGGGCCAAGCCCGUCUCCUUCUCCAACAGAACCGUGCUGUUUUCCUACGGAACCAAACGGAACCCCUAUGAGAUACAGCUCCUUCUUAGCGGAACAAGGGCUCUCUUCACCGUGGGAGGAGAGGCUCACCUGGUGGAGGCACGGGGAGUGGUGAAAGGAGGAGGAGUUUGGACCCACCUAUGUGGGGCUUGGAGCUCUGAGCAGGGCAUAGCGUCACUAUGGGCCGAUGGACACAGAGUGGCAUUCACACCCGGGGUGGCCGAGGGCCACAUGUUACCGGAUGGAGGCUCACUCCAGCUGGGGCAGGAGAAGAACGACGGUGGGGUCUCUGGAGGGUCAGGUGGCAGUGGGAGUCAGAUGCCUGGGUUUGAGGGAGGCUUCGAUGCCAAGUUGGCAUUCGCUGGGAAGAUGACAGGGGUGAACAUGUGGGACCGUGUGCUGACGGAGGAGGAGAUAUCCCAGCUGGCUUUGCAAGACGGCGAGGGGUGUGAGCAGAGGGGGAAUGUAGUUGGAUGGGGCUUGACGGAGAUUGUGCCUCACGGGGGUGCUCAGUUCAUCAACUAACUCUGAUGACGUUUUCAUCAUCAUCAUCAUCAUCAUUUAAAUCAACUCUAUCAGCUUCAUCAUCAUAAUCCUCAUCAUCUUCAUCCUAAUCGUCAUCAUUUAAAUGAACUAUCAUUAUCAUCGUUUAAAUCAACUCUACAUCUUCAUCAUCAUCAUAAUCAUCAUCAUUUAAAUUAACUAUCAUUUUCAUCAUGUAAAUGAACUUUCAUCAUUUAAAUGAACUAUCAUCAUCUUCGUCGUCACCAUUAUAAACUAACCUGCAGUGCAGAACAGCCCAACCGGCUGAGACUGCAACAACAAUGUGAACAUGAACAACAACACCAGCUCUCUUUAAUGGCUAAAGAGACUGGAGAAGAAUGUGCCCUGUUAGAGGAGUGUUUCCCAUUUAGAGAAGCAGUGGACACACUCAGACACACUCAGACACACACACACAAACACACACACACACACACACACACACACACACACACACACACACACACACACACACACACACACACACACACACACACACACACACACACACACACACACACACACACACACACACACUGUGAGAAGCAUUAGUAUACAUAGUCUAAGGAGUAGAAGUGGAACAAACAUCAUUUACCACAGAUAUAAAGAGAAAAAUGAAAAGGAAAGAACAGAGGUGAGAGAGACAAAAAGAUGCUUUGGGUCAACUGGCACAAAACCAGUCUGCAAGUGUCAUCACUAGAUGGCCAUGCUAGAGAGGACCCAAUUGGCUAUAUCAUCAGCAGUGCAAGUACGUUAGCUGUUUGUUAUUAAUGGAGUGUUAGGGUUAAGGGGUAAGGUAAAUGAGAAAGGGUUGAGGUUUGGGUUAGUUGUUAAAGUGGAAUUUCUGGCUAAAAAAAACACGUUACCUUUGUCCUCUCUAGCAUGGCUACGUAGUGACAACUAUCUGCAAGCUGCCAUAGGAGGUUUUAAUCAUUCUAUUACCUUAUAAUCUUAUGCUUCCGGCAAAAGUUAAUUUUUUUCCAAGCGUUGUUUCCAACUUUGUAUUUAUCAAAGUGUUUACAUUCAGAUGUGAAAAACAUAAUAUUUUUGUUGUUUUGUAUUUUGCUUAGUUUUCCAUACACCCAGAGGUCUUUCCAUACACCCAGAGGUGUUUCCAUACACCCAGAGGUGUUUUCAUACACCCAGAGGUCUUUCCAUACACCCAGAGGUCUUUCCAUACACCCAGAGGUCUUUCCAUACACCCAGAGGUGUUUCCAUACACCCAGAGGGCUUUCUAUACACCCAGAGGGCUUUCCAUACACCCAGAGGUGUUUCCAUACACCCAGAGGGCUUUCUAUACACCCAGAGGGCUUUCCAUACACCCAGAGGUCUUUCCAUACACCCAGAGGGCUUUCUAUACACCCAGAGGGCUUUCCAUACACCCAGAGGUCUUUCUAUACACCCAGAGGGCUUUCCAUACACCCAGAGGUCUUUCCAUACACCCAGAGGUGUUUCCAUACACCCAGAGGUCUUUCCAUACACCCAGAGGUGUUUCCAUACACCCAGAGGUCUUUCUAUACACCCAGAGGGCUUUCCAUACACCCAGGGGUGUUUCCAUACACCCAGAGGGCUUUCCAUACACCCAGAGGUCUUUCCAUACACCCAGAGGUGUUUCCAUACACCCAGAGGUCUUUCUAUACACCCAGAGGGCUUUCCAUACACCCAGAGGUGUUUCCAUACACCCAGAGGGCUUUCCAUACACCCAGAGGUGUUUCCAUACACCCAGAGGUGUUUCUUCUCCUUGAAAUGGGUGCCAAUGGAUGAUGCAAUACGAUUACUUAGUCCCUGUUUGUUCCGCAUCUCAUUUGAGACAGAAACACUUGAUUUGAAAAGCGGAACUGUGGACAAUUUUUACAGAAUCUGUUACAACGAUCUCUGCUCUUUGUUAACGUAGUAGGCAAUGUGUAUCAUAUUGUAAAUUGUUUUGUGUUUUUGUCAAGAAGUAAAAAUGAAUGUAUUUUGUAUAUAAAUAUUUUUUGGCAUACAGUAUGAUUAAAAAUGGAGAAUAAACGAGAAACGAGAAUAAAAUUACAUGUUAACAUUAA